AUGUCUAUUCCAUUUAAGGAAGAGUUAUUUGAAACUACGGCAUUAAAAAAUGAGACAUAUAUCAAUGAAUUCAUUUUGCUUGGAUUUGGAAACCAUCAGAUGUUAAAGAUUUUUCUCUUCCUAGUUUUCCUUCUCAUCUACAUCGGGACCAUGACUGGGAACCUACUCAUUAUUCUAUUAAUUGCCCUCGAUCAACACCUCCAGACUCCCAUAUAUUUUUUUCUUGGAAGCCUUUCAUGUUUGGAGAGCUGCUGCAGCUCAAAUAUCUUACCACAGAUGUUGUCUAGCUUUCUUACUGGAAACAAUAUGAUUUCAUUUAAGGGCUGCUUUGUACAACAUUAUUUGUUUGGCUCUUUUGUAUCUGUGGAAUGUUACCUGUUAUCUGCAAUGUCCUAUGAUAGAUAUUUAGCUAUAUGCAAACCUCUCCAUUAUGUCACCAUGAUGAAUGGCAGAACUUGUUUCAAAUUGAUAGCCUUCUCUUGGGUUAAUGGUUUCAUGGCAACUGCAGUAACCCAGUUUAUCAUGUCUCAAUCAGCUUUAUGUGAUAAUAAAAUUGACCAUUUCUUUUGUGACACCUUCCCAAUCAUAGACCUGUUUUGUGGUGACACCCAUGCCUUCAAACUCUUUCUUUAUACUUUAAGUUCCAUAUUCACUUUUCCACCAUCUAUAUUAACUCUAACCUCAUAUGCUUUUAUCAUUUUAACCAUAGUAAGGAUGCCAUCUAGUAGAGGAAAGCAGAAGGCAUUUUCCACUUGUUCUUCUCAUCUCUUGGUAGUCACUAUUUUUUAUGGCACACUGAUGAGUAUCUAUGCAAUGCCAAAUACCAUAAAAGUAAGUGGUCUUCAUAAAAUGUUAUCUGUUAUCUAUACCAUCCUAACUCCCAUGCUUAAUCCUGUAAUAUAUACUUUGAGAAACAAAGAAGUGAAAAAUGCCUUCCAAAGAUUUAUUUCAGUUUUCUUUCUAAGAAUUUAG